AUGGCUGGCCGUGGCAGCCGCACACGGGCCUGUAUGGUCUGCUCCAUUGUGCAGAGCGCCACUGAAUUUUACCGCAACGGCUGCCCCAACUGCGAAGAAAUUCUCGGCCUGCGCAACUCCCAAGACGCGAUUCAAGAAUGCACUUCUCAAGUCUUCGAAGGAUUGAUUGCUAUGGGGGACCCUAAGACAUCCUGGGUGGCUCGGUGGCAGCGCCUUACCGAUUACGUCCCUGGGGUCUAUGCUGUCAAGGUUGUGGGAACGUUGCCGAGAGAGAUAAUCGAUUCGUUGGAGGAUAAUGGCAUCAAGUAUAUCCCCAGAGAUGGAAGCGCAAUGGAGGAAGAUAGUGUUGCAGCUUCCUGA